CAAAGAUUAGAUAUGAACAUCAUUAAGGGUGAGGUCGCCGAUCUUUGAAUUUUAUGCUUAUCAAAGGUAUCAUCAAAUGGCUUGCCGCCCAGUUAUGUGAUAAAUAAUAUAGAAACGGAGAUUACAAGCAAAUCUCGUGUCUGCAGUUGUGAUAUGGAAUUUCAUAUACCGGCCUGGCUAGCGGUGACAUGGAUGUCUUGAUGCCGGAGGUCGUGAUUCACGAUUGAUCUGGAACAAGGGCUGUAUGCUGUCAUGCGGCGUGAUAACAUCUGAAAGAUACGACCAAGAAGGAGAUUGAUUCCGGCGGUAUUGUGACUGUAGAUAGGUCUAUGUUGCAACAAACUCAAUUCUCCCCACUAAACCGGCGAUGUCAUUUCUUGCCUAUCAAGUCAGUGGAGUCCAAAAAUGGUGAGCAGGCGAGGCUCUGAGAGGGGCUGUCAACGUCGACGCUUGUGUUGCUUAUUCGGUACGAAGUACGAGAUUGCUAAACAUUUCCGAUCAGAACGAAUACCUCGCCUCCCAACCGUUGGCCGUUUUUUGGUAUAUAUAUGUAAGUCCCGAGGACUGUAUCCAAGUUGUCAUUGGCGUUCUGAAUAUCUUCCUUUUCGAUACAAUCGUUGUACCUCUCGAAAUUCAAGAUUUCCGUGACAUUACUUUAAAACUAAAUAUCAAGAUGGGUUCUGUUGGAGAUCUCGAACUUGCGCUUUCCAGAAUCACGGAGGCAGCCAAGGUUGCUGAUGAAAACACGCGCAAGAAUCUCAUUAAUCAACUUCGAAAGACGGCUGUGUCCCUUGAGACUUCUGGCGAAACUAUCCAGCGUCUCCUCUACCUCGCAAUUCAACCCGCACUUUGCCGUGCUGGUAAUGAUCUCGAUCUUUUCAAGAUUUUAGCCGAUAACAACGGUCCCAUGACUACAACAGAAUUGGCAGAGAAAACCAAAUGUGGCCCUCUACUUUUAAGUCGAAUUUUGAGGUUCUUGGCAUCAACAGACAUCGUAACAGAGGUCGGAGAAGAGAAAUUUGUCGCAGACAAUAUCACAAAAGCACUUGCCAAACCUGGCCUUAAAGCUGGAAUGAACCACACCUUCGAUAGUGUUGGCCCGGCAUUUCAAGCCCUCCCAGAGUUCUUCAAGGCUACUGGAUACAAGAACCCUGCUGAUGCAUCAUACUCACCAUUCCACAUGGGACACCGCACAGAUCUUCCAUUGUUCGAAUGGUUCCAGCAAAAUCCAGAGAAACUCGGCUUCUUCAUGGAGUGGAUGACUGCUCAGCGAGAAGGAAUGGAUGUCUGGUUAGACUUGUUCCCCUUCGAGGAAUAUGCCAGUGACCUUGACCCAGCCCAAGUCAUGUUCGUUGACGUCGGUGGUGGAAUUGGUCACAAAUGCUUAGAACUUAAGACUAGAUUUCCUGCCCUUAAGGGCGGGGUUAUUCUUGAGGACCUUCCAAUAACUUUGAAGCAUGCUUUAUCCAUCGAUGGCGUAAAAGCUUUACCACAGGAUUUCUUCACACCCCAACAAAUCAAGAAUGCCAGAUUUUACUACAUGCGUAACAUUUUACAUGACUGGCCAGAUGACAAGUGUAAGAUCAUUUUGGACCAUCUCCGUGAGGCAAUGGGCCCAAAUUCUGCCAUCUUGAUUGAUGAAAUGGUUCUUCCCAACAGUGGCACCAAUUUCCAAGCCAUGAACAUUGAUUUCACUAUGAUGGCAGCCUUGUCGGCAAUGGAGCGUACUCAAAGUCAAUGGGAGAAGGUCUUCGACUCAGCUGGCCUAAAGGUAUUGAAGACAUAUACCUAUACCGAGUCUUUAAGAGACAGUGUCCAAGUUGUCGUGGCAAAAUAGACAUUUUGGAUAAUUUAUGGAUGAAGAAUCUGCCUUUGUAUAAUAACGUUCAUCAUCUUGUAUGGAGGGGGCUCAUUUGGUUGACAAUGUAUAUAGUAAUUCUGUUUAAUCGAUCAAAUGGUACCCGU